AUCUCUUCAACGAUUCCCGCUGUUCCAAAAGCCAGCUCUUUUUAUAGUUACUCAUUGCCCGACUGUCCGACUCUUCCAUUACCUUUCCAUUUGAGUCUCGUGCUAUGCAAUUUAGGGUUUCAGCUGAAAUUAGGGUUUUUAUUCACCAUGGAAGCUCAGAGACGUCAUGGAGCUCCGUCUGAGAGCGAAAGAGAUAGUCGUGGAUUAAGCUCUUCCGAUUCUUCCGGUUUCUCCUCUCAAGAUGAGAUAGGUAGGCCAAGCCAAUCUAUCAAAGAACCACAUGCCAGAUGGACAACAACCUAUGAUAUUGAACUUGCGAAUGCCUUGGUACAACAAAUUCUUCAUGGCAAGACAACAAAAAACGGUUUUAGCAAAAAAACUUGGUCUCUAAUACGAACAGGGUUCAACCGAAAGACAGGUUGUAAUUACACACACCAACAAAUUCGAAAUCGCAAGGGAGCUUUGAAAACACAAUAUAAAGUUGUCAAGCAGCUAUUAGGGCUUCCUGGGUUUAAAUGGGAUGAAACCCGGCAUAUGGUCACAGCUGAGGAUGCUGUGUGGGAUGACUACCUGAAGGCAAACCCAGAUGCUGAGAAAUUCAGGAUGCUACGCUUUCCUGUAUAUGAUCAAUUCAGCAUCAUAUCUGGAGAUGUUGGUGCUAAGCUUAGAUUAGGCAAGUCAUCUCAACCACCAUCUUUAGAAGUCAGUACUCCUGAUGACACACGACAAUCUGCACAAGAACAAUUUGAUACUGAUGAACCUGCUCUUGCAAUGGUGUCAGUGCAAGACAAGGACUCUGCUUAUUUGGCUAGAGACCCAGAAAUCAUUCAAAGAUGCAAUAAACGUCAGUUGAUGAAACCAUCCGGUCCAGACCAUCAGAGGAGAAGGGAAUCCAACUCCAGUGAUUUAGCAGAAGCCUUUUUUGAGUUUGCUGAUGCUUUGAGGUGUAAGACACAUGCUUCAGCAUCAACUGGUGAUCCAUAUGCCAUCAGCAAGUGCAUCAAAGAACUAGAGUCAAUCAAAGGUGUAACUGAUGAGGAUGUUUUUGGAGCAAUAGAUGUGUUUAAGGAUCCCCUCCUAAGAGAGGCAUUUUUGACAAUGCAACCACAGCGGCGCUUGAGAUGGAUUAGAACUCAAUUAAAAUAAGAUUCUUGAGUGCCUUAGCUGGUAGAUGUUUUGGCUUUUCACAACCCAAUGCCCACUUCUUUAUUGGUUUCGUGUUUGCUCUCCUCACUGCUGGAUCUUGUAUAUCAUUUUGUAGCUUAUGAUUUUAUCAGAUGUACAUGUAAACUUUUGAGCUA